AUGAAAAAAUCUAACAAGAAACCUGCAAAUAAAAAUAUAACUGACGACGAAAAGUUUGAGAGGAGGCGUGAAAAGGAUGUUGUCGACAGUGGGAGAAGCAGCUUCAGUAGCGGCAGGGAUGGAGCCAUCUCGGAGGACAUUGAGGAUGUCAAGAAGAGGAUUCUCCAUCGAAUGAAUGAUUUUCAUUUCGAGUCUGAAGUUUUUGAUGAACACAAAAAAAUAAAUCAUGAAGAUUUUAUCGAAGAAAAUAAUAUUAAUAAUUCAAUUGCUACAAAUUUUAAAAAUAUUGAUGACAACGAUCUUAUUAGCAAGCCUGAAAACGAAAAUGAAAAGUUAACUAAAAAGACCAGUGAUAACGUUGAGAACAAAAGUUCAGUCAUGGACUCUGGUGAAUUAAAUAAAAAUUAUGAAAAUGAUUUUGGUGAUAAUAAGGACAAUGAGUUGAUAGUGUUAGAUCCAGAUCAUCCACAGAUGAAAAGAUUUCAGAAAUCUCUUAAAGACCUACUUGAAAAACAAACAGCAAAAUUAACUUUAGAAAUUAAAGAACUCAGUGAAGCAUUGAAAAGUAAGAAAGUUGAGAGGGAGAAUAUUGGAGUGCAGUUGUACAGUGUUCAACAGGACCUCAUCAAGCAACAGACACUGCUGCAGAAACAUAUGGAGGAUCUUGAGAAAUUAAAUGCUGACAGACAGAAAAGUGAAUUUGAUCUAUCAACAUUGAAAGUUAAGUUUGAAGACGGGCUUUCAUAUUUGACAUCUGGCAAGCAAGAUAUUUCUCAACUACAAUUAGAGUUGGAGAAGUGGAAUCUUCAAUAUUUCUAUCUGGAGAAUGCAGGAGACAACAUGGCAGCUGAUGUGGCUCUCAUGAAAAGGGCUGCAUUGAAGUCCAACGUCGAGAUCAACAAGGCAGAACAACUCAAGAAGAAACAAGACAUGUUUGUGGACCAGUUGACUAAGAAGGUCAUCUCCCAGACUGAGGAACUCGAAGAACUGAGGCAGCAGUUGGCCAACCAGAUUGAAGACACGGGACUUGCCAAAGAGAUACUCAACGAAUCGAUGAUGGAGGUUAUAGAGAGAGAUUUAGGAAUAGUUCCGAGUAUACUCAUAAAAGUUGAGAAGGAGAACUUGAAAAGAAAUGAUGAUUGUUGA